AUGGGCUCCCGGCAUCUGGCGCAGUUCGCGACCCUCCCGACCGAAACCCUCACUCUCAUCUUCAGCAAUUUUUGCCUCCACUGCUGCGGCGAAUACGAUCAGCCAUGUGACGUAGGCACUGUGCAACAGCGUCAAUUACAGCUUCGGCGAGAAAGAGACAGCCAGAAGCCGCACAGAAAGUCGCGAUUCCGAGAUAUUGCCCAGCCCAUCUUGCAUCAUGAGUUCGCCCACGGCCACGGUGACUCUUGGAAAUCGAGGGGGCUCAAGUGGAAUCGGCGCCUCAUUCUGUAUAUGCGGACAAUAAGCCAGCGGCGGGACCUGGCCAGUGUUGUCAAGGUGGUCUCUCUCUACUGGAAACUCUUCAAGUCGACCCGCAAACACGACGCGAGUAAAGCACUUACCCAGGGCGCGAGUGCCUUGGGAAUCGACCUUCCGAAAGCGUGGAGAGAACGUGCAUUGCAUCCCGUCCCUUUGUCCAGCUUCGAUUUGUUCCAGAGGGACGUCCAGGCCAAAGACUUUUCGGAUUUUCUCGUUUCUUUUUUAGAUGGAGAGCAUGGCCUCAGUCCAUCUAAUAUUGACGAACUAAGCCGCAAACUCGACUCUGAGAGUGGAAUGGGGAAGAUAUGGAUAGCCGCCGAGCUAUUUGCCAUGUUACUUGUCCAGCUCCCGAAUCUGGAGUAUUUGAGCAUCCGAAAUGCCGACUUCAGGUUUCGUCUAUGCACUUCCUCAGCAUUAUCAGCUCUUAAUGUGUCAAGCCUCCCGCUAAAGACUUUUGAUUCGCCCAUCUUCUCUAGCCCGAUCCUUGAACUGGCAUCAGGGUUGCAAGCGUUCGACAUCCGCGGUGAAAACGGCUUCCCUUCCUCGAUUCCCCCUAUGCCAAACCUGAGGGUCCUUCGGGUCUCGCGAAUGGAUCUGCCCGAGGAGAAGCUUCAAGAUCUGCUCUCUGCUUGCACGGGUGGGCUUCGCACAUUUACGUACGAGAUGUUACCGGACCGACCUCGCAUGGUAGAAUUAUGCUACGACAGAUUUGCCAGACCUCUUCCCUUAUCGGCCAUAAUGAGACAUCUGCAAACUCAUCGUGAAACUCUCCGUUGUUUGCACCUCGCUCUCCACAACGACAACAAAGAAAAGAACAGUCCCGCACUUACCUUCAAGGACUUCGUCGCUUUGCAACAUUUGCUACUCAGCCCGAAUAUACUGCCGAAAGAGACCCAAGACGCAUAUGAGCAUCCUUUCCUCAUUGAAAACAUUCCCUCCUCAAUCAAAGCACUCAACUUUCGGAGUCUAGAUCUCGUUAAUCACACAGGGCUUCGGAAGGAGCUUAUUAGUCUUGCUGAACUCAAAGGCCUGCAGCCGCAGCAAUUCCCGAAUCUUCGGCGAGUAAUUUGCGACACGAGGCACACGUUUGAAGACGAUGUGGUGGCGGUGAUGUUGGCGGCAGCCGAUAUCAACCUGACAUACAAGACCUGGGACUGGUGA